AUGGAAACAUACACCACCGAUGACGCUCUUACCCUCAUUGGGUUUGGAAAGUUCCAAGCACUUGUAUUUUUUUUCAGGACUGUUCUAUUGCUUUCAACUCUGCUUACUAGUGGAAUGGGUUUUCUAAGUGCUUUAUCUCCUAACUACUUGUGCUUGCUGGUUCUUCGGUUUUUUGUCGGCAUAGGAGUGGGCAGUGGGCAUGUAUUUACAUCUUGGUUCUUGGAGUUCGUUCCAGCAGGAAAUCGUGGCACUUGGAUGGUUAUUUUUUCCUUUUUCUGGACUAUUGGCACAGUCUUGGAGGCUUCACUUGCAUGGGCUGUACUAUCAGCAUUAAGUUGGAGGUGGUUGCUGGCAUUGACCGCCCUUCCAUGCUUCCUCUUGCUUCCUUUCUUCAGAAUUACACCCGAGUCGCCACGCUAUCUUUGUGCACAGAAUAGAAUGACUGAUGCAAGGCUUGUCCUGGAGAGAAUGGCCAUUGCAAACCAAGGAGCUCUUCCUGUGGGAGUUCUCACAUACCAUCAAGAAACAAAGACUGAUUACAUCACUCAUGUUUCUGAGGAUGAACACCUUAUUCCAGUCAGAGAGAAGGAACAUACAGUUAGGAAUGCUAUUAGAUCCAAAUCUGGUGCUAUUGCUGCAUUGCGCGAGCUAUUAUCACAUAACUUGCUCAGAUCAACUCUUCUUAUUUGGUUUGUUUACUAUGCAAGUUCCUUUGCUUAUUAUGGGAUAGCAUUGCUGACAUCGCAACUAAGUGAUGUGAAUAGAAGCUGUAAAUCUGGUCUGAUCUUUGAAGUGCACCAAAAUGAUGGAAAUCUUUAUAAAGAUACUUUUAUCACUAGUUUAGCAGAGAUUCCAGGCUUAAUUUUGUCGGCUUUGCUUGUUGAUCGGUUUGGCCGGAAGGCUACUAUGUGGAGCCUGAUGUUUGCAUGCUGUGCUUUCCUUGGGCCACUCGUACUUCAUCAGAAUGAGUUGCUAACAACUACUCUUCUAUUCGGAGCUCGUGCUUGUGGCACCGGUACCACAACGAUUUUAUGUCUAUAUGCCCCAGAGGUGUAUCCGACAUCUGUUCGCUCAACGGGGGUCGGAAUCGCAACCGCCAUUGGUAAGAUUGGCGGGGUUAUUUGCCCACUCGUCGCAGUUGGCAUGCUGCGGAACUGCCACCAGAUGGAAGCAGUGCUGGUGUUUGAGCUGGUGCUGUUCCUCGCCGGAGUUGCCUGCAUUCUCUUCCCUGUAGAGACCAAGGGCCGAGAAAUGGACUGA